CCUAACCCACAAGCUCAAACAAAUGACGACGUUUUGCUCAUCUAGAGAUAGAGGUUCCUCCCACCUGCAAGUGCUGCGACAGCACACAACCACGACUCAAAUCGAGGGGUGGUGGUCUGCGGAGCAGAUGAGCUAGGAUCUGAUAGAGAAGGAAGCCGAGGAGAAGGCCAGUAGUAGCAGCAGCAGCUUAGUGGCGGGGAUCGAGAUGGACAAGAUGCUUGUGCACUCGGAGCUUGUUUGGCGGGGCUCUAGCCCAUCAAAAUCGGACGCCUGGGCUCGCUGCAAGGCAGCUUUGCGAGGAGGAGAGAUGCUGAGGGGAGAGGGGGCCGUUAGCAGCGGCUCGGUCGUGGAGACACAAGAGGCGGAGAAUAUGGCGAAGCAAGGAGCAAACGAGGAGCUCAUGGAUGUGUCCGAGGAGAAGGGCAACUGCAGCAGUUGGGUGGUGGAGAUGGAGAAGCUGCUCGAGGACAGCAGGCCAUCAGUGGAGAUGGCGCGGUGGAAGCAGCGCUCCAUCUACCGGGUGCCGGAGUUCAUGAAGAAGAUGACCAAUCGAGAUGCCUUCCAGCCACUGUUCGUAUCGCUGGGCCCCUUGCACCACGGCGAGCCCCAUCUCCUGCCUAUGGAGGAGCACAAGAGGCGGGCGGUGCUGCACAUGGUUAACUGGACUGGGAAGCAUCUAACGGAGUACGUCGCAGCAAUGGAGGAAGUGGCGGAUGAGCUCGAGGCCGCCUACGAUGACCUUGAUGAUAGGUGGCGUGGAGUGAAUAGGGGAAGCUUCGUGCAGAUGAUGGUCAUGGAUGGAUGCUUCCUGAUCGAGCUGAUAAAGAUUGAUCAAAGUCCAGAGUUCAAGAAUACUAAUUACGCGGACAACGACCCCGUCUUCAGCAGGAGCAGCUUUCUUAAUUUGUGGUCAAUAAUGAAGAACGACAUGAUCGCGAUGGAAAACCAAAUACCUCUAGUCGUUCUGCAGAGGAUCUUAUUUGUUGCAUGCAAUGGCACCCCUCCGAAACACAUUCUACGAACUUCUCAAAGAAUAGAUCAUACAACAAAGACGUGCGCAUAUUAUAUGGCCCAAAUAAGCGUGGAAGCUCAUCCAUGAGGCCCAUUUUAUAGGACAAGCAAACUUCAAACCAACGGGGCAUUGGAAAUGUUCCUGUAUCUGGUUCUAACUUUUUUUUUCAUCCAAAUGGUGAGCAUAUAGAGAGCUGGAGAGAUCAACCGAGAUGAAGUCUCUCUCUGGCAUCAAUUACCUCCCAAAAUUGCAGGAGCUUGAGUUCCAUGGUGAAAGUGUCCCUCGUCAGGUGAGAAGACAUCAUAGCACAUAAAGGGCAGCCAGUUCUUAUAUACAAGAAGCCAGAGCAGCAAGACAAAGAAAAAGGAAAUGCAGAAGAUAACGAUGAGGGAGGGUCUUCACUGUCCUGCUUCUCGAAGAUCAAGAAGUGGCACUAGCUGGCUGAGGGAAAGGUUCCAAGGUUUCCAUUCUCCACCCUUCUUAACUCCAUCCAUUCGUCACCAAUUCUAGCUUUUGUGUGUAUGUAUGGUGCUUGUGUGUUUGUGCUGCCUGUUGCGUGUGCAUCUCCUUCAGUUCACUACUCAUGGUGUGGUGUGAGCCUGCAAAUGUGCAAAGUGACUGUGUGCGUGUGAAGUGUGUUUACCCUGCCUGCAUCCAUGUGUGCCAUCUGAGUGCACGCAUGCAUGCUUGAGCAUAGCAGUUGAGCCUAUAUGCUCAUGUAUCGGUUUGGAUUUCCCUUGCUUGUGUGUGUGGCUUUCCGAUCUCCGGGGUAUGCACAGCAUGUCUGUAUGCAACAUGCUUGUGUAUCUUGAGUAAAUGUGAGUGAUUGUGCUUUCGAGCAUAUAUGGGGCAUAUGGUUGUUCCAAUGCUCAUGGAUUUGGACAUCUAUGUGUUGAUUUCCUCUGGAUCAUCGUCACGUAUGGUCCAAUACAUUAUACAUCCUUGUAAAUGA